AUGCGGCGAAGAGAAGGCGGGGACUGGUGUGUUGCAUGCAGCAAGUUUGCCCCCAGCAAGCCCGAGCAGCAGCAGCAGCAGCAGCAGCAGCAGCAGCAGCAGCAGCAGCAGCAGCAGCAAAAGAAACAACAGCAGAAGGAAGAGGAAGAGACUGAUAACAGCAGCAGUGAUGGAUCGCCUCACGUAAAACCAAAACCAGCGUUUGAGUUGAGGGGCUCCUUCGGGCUGCAGGCGUCGCCAGAGGAGAAGCUGGCUGCAUGCAGUGCAGCAAUAAAGAGAGAGGGAGCAGCAGCAGCAGAAGCACUGAAGAAGCAGCUGCAGCAGCAGCAACAGCAGCAGCUGCAGCUGCAGCAGCAGCAGCAGCAGCAAGAUGAAAGCCGGGGCACCACAACUGCUGCCACUUCCUCCACUCCGUCUGAGGAGCUGAUAAGCUGGAGGAGCAAGGUCCUCGGCAGGAAGCGGCAGACAGAGCAGCAGGAGCAGCAGGAGCAGCAGCAGCAGGCCAAGCAGCAGCAGCAGCAGCAGCAGCAGCAAACCAAGCAGCAGCAGAAGUUUCAGAACAGGAAAGAGCUGCUGCACCAAUCACAAGCCCUCCUCCUACAGCGGAUCCACAGAUACAACGGGCUGCUGCAGGCGGACGCCGAAUGUGUAGAAAGGGAUCGACAUUUGCUGCUGGCGCUGCGGGAUGCUCUGGAGGCCCUCAAGCAACAGCUGCAGCAGCAGAAGCCGCAGCAAGAGCUGAAACAGCAACAGCAGCAGCAAGUUGCUGCUGCUGUCCAGCAGCAGCAGCAGCAGCAGCAGCAACAGGGAAGCCAGCAGCCGCAGGAGGAGAAACAGCAACUGCAGCAGCAGCAAGAGCAACUGCAGCAGCAGCUGCAGCAGCAGCUGCAGCAGCAGCAGCAGCGGGCCCAUCAGUGGUCUAGCUGA